AUGGAGACGAGAUACAGGUUUUAUGUGUUAUGGCAAGCCGGGAGAAUGGGAACUUUCUUCCGAGGAGAAGUUGAGGAAAUGGUAAAAGACGGGGAAGCGAAAAUCAGGGGAGCUGAGAAUAGUACUGGCGAAGAUCAGGAGGCGGCGAAAAUAAGAUAUGAAUGGAAUUGUGGAACGUGA